AAAUUUGAAUGCAGUUGAUACAACGUACGAUGUGUUUUACUGGUGUUAGUGGUGUUUUGUUAGUAUUUCUUGUUAUUCACGUAUCGACCAAACUUCAUCGUACGUAUUUGCCGUGUAAGAUACGUCUCGUUCGAUGUUUCCUCAGGAUAGCGAGCGAAUUUUGGAAAUCUUGCAGAAAACUUACGAUGAGCUGCAACGAUAUUAUACACUACUUCGGCUGAUAAGAGCCGAUCUAGAGAAAGUAGCAAAUAACUUUAUUUCGUUGAACGAAGUGUAACAGUUGGUUCUUCUGGGAAUAGACGUACAAACUAUAUUGCAUUUCACACAUACACAUGUGUAUAUAUAUAUCUUAAGGUUUUAAGUCAUAAAUAAGAUGAAGGCUCAUAAGUCUAAACCUGUGCACAAGUGGCUGGAGUCUUCGCUGAAUAAAUCUCCAGCCUCUUCGUCACCACUCCGGAGGAAAACUAUUAUAGCGCAGAAACAGCUGCCUAAUGUUCUGUCGGAGAACGAUGAUGAGGCAGAACGUAUCGCCCGUCGACGUGAAAUGCUCACACGUACAGCGUCGAUGUCGUCACCAACGACACCAUCAGUUAAAUUAAACAAGAGACACUCCUUGGGUCUGACAUUCCUAGCGAACGUUCCAGCAUCCCAGAUGGCUGAGAGUAUAAACCAGUGUAUCAAAUUGAGCACUGAGAACAAGAUAAACGUAAAGAAUGCAUUCAGUUUGGAGAUGAUUGACUUUAUGACAUACAUGAUUAAGAAGCAGGACAACAAUAUGUCCAAUCUGCAAGUGGCCAGUACAUCCUUGGACGUGAGCAGUAAGAUUUAUGGAUUUCGAGUGGACAGUGUACACACGGAGAUACUCAAGAUAGUCGGCGGUUUGGACAAGCAAGAAGACGCGGAACAGGAUCAGCAGUCGGGGGAAAUGCUGCAGGAUAAUACGCAGGACGCGACAGAGGUAGCGAAGAAGAAAAAGAAGAAGAGAGUCAGGCAGAAAAUUUGCAGCACAGUGGAGGCGUUAAGAGGCAACAUCGAGAUCGUGAAACCGUCCAUGAUGAUAGGCGAGGGGGAUCUGCACACCAGCGAUAUGUUGUACCAAGCGAUGCUGCCGAAUCACGCGAGCUCCGGCUUCUAUCACCACCUGUACAACGACGUGCUCGUCGACGUCGUGGAGGAAGAGUGCAACGUCGACGCGACGAAGUACGUCAUACCGGCAAUCAAAGACUUCCGCAACCUGGAGAUUUGCCUGUCUUACUCGAAUUUCCAGUUUCUCGGCUGGUCCGUCAAGGACGAGCCCGAAAAAGUGUCGGACACGUCGGCGGUGGCGGUGGAGGAAGACGGCGUAAACGACGACGACGACGACGACAACCGUUUCCAGUUCGAUCUUGACGCCACUGUGCAACACGAUGAGGAAGACGCGAAUCCAGCAUCCAAGACCAUCAACUACUUCGACAUCGAGACACAGGAUGACGGGACGUACGAAUAUCGGCAGCAGCAGAAGGCGGCGAAUCGCGCGGAGAAUAUCGUGGACGCAGCCGAACCAUCCAGGCUGAACUUCGUCAUCCCCGAGUACUCGUUCAUGUCGGCGAGGACGAGCCUGCACUGGGCCGGGCCGUCUCACUGGAAGUUCCACAACUUCGCGAAAUCGCGGACGAACGCGGACGACAAGGUAAUCGGUACGUGUAUGCAGGCGCCGCUGAAGAAGAGGAAGGAGUUCGAGCUGCCGUACGAGGGGAACAAAGACGUGAUGAAGACGAAGUUCGCACCCAGUCAGUCCAACAAGUUGCAGGCGAAGACCGCCAAGGCGGAAUGGAGCGCCGAGAGUCUGACGUUUCCCGAGGACUUCCAUUACGACAUCAGGCGGAUGGUCAAGCUCUAUCUGCACCAAUACCUGAGCAGGAUCGAGCAGCAGGAUAACGGCGACAGGAACAUGCCUGUCACGGACGUGUUCGACAGCAACAGGUAUGAUUACAACAACCCGAACGACACGUUGGAAUACUGUCCCGACGUGAUCAACGGCGAUUACGACGACAGCAGAGACAACAAUGGGGACGAGAACGAGUGCAACUUCGAGGACGACAAUAACGCGUUGGCUCAGAGUAUCGUCGUCAGCCAAGGCUUCACCGGUGACAAUCUGAUCGCGGCACCGAAGCUGGCCAAUAAGAUACUCAUCGCGUACUGCUCGAAGGCGAAGAAAAUCGACAUGCGACAGCUAAAGAAGUCCAUGUGGAAGUGCCUCAGGUUGAAUAACGCGGAUAACGAGGAGCAGGCGGACAAGAUGAUGGAGUCCAAGCAGUUCAGCGACAUCUACAAGACGUUGCCGAGGCUGCUGUCGAAAGACAACGUCGAGGCGUUGAGCGUGCCGCUCUCAUUCGCCUCCCUUUUGCAUUUAGCAAAUGAAAAGACGCUGAACCUGUGCUCGUUACCGGACAUGUCCGACGUUACUGUCGAGGACGGCAUAUCCGGUAAUUAUAAUGUUUAGAAGAAUUGAGAUUGCGAAUGUACAUCACACGCUCACUGUUCAUUAGGUAUAUUUACAAGAAAAAGAGGAAGGAUUAAAUUAAUAGACAAAAAAUGGUAGAGUUUAAAGAUUAAAAUAGCAGAAGAACGUUUAUUUUUAUAGAAUGUUGUGUAACUCAAUAUAUCAUUCAUAUGAUGAAGGUUUUGUCCUUUACAGUUUUCUAAGGAAUUUUACAAACUUCUAGGCUUCUUCUUUCUAAGCUUAUUUAAAUACAAUGAGAUAAGUUACAAGAAAUAUAAAAUGAGAAAUAAAUAAAAAAAAUUAAAGUAAAAUAAAUUGU